GAAGGGAUAGCACCACUGUGCAGCAAGUAGCCGCAUCAAAUGACAGAGAGAGGAGGAAGAUGGUUGUCUUACCGGACAAAAUGGAGGGGAAACACAGAUAGGACUGCUCAUCCUUUCGCUCUCUGGGACAAAAUCCAAAUCCUUUAUUUGGGAAUGUCGGGAAUGGCGCAGAUUCCAUUAUGGAAUGAUCAUCAUGCUGAAAGCAGCUUCUGCCUGACCGCUGCUACUCAAGCCCUUCUGUGAGGUACUAUCCCUGACAGCCGUGGUCUGGAGGAUCUGAUUGAGAGCAUCUGUCCCCGUGCGGGUCCUGGUUUUCUUCUGCAGAUUUUUUCACAAGGACCAAGUGGCGUGGUAACAGGCAGCAGCAGCAGCAGGAGUGGCAGUGAUGUCAGGACUCCUGGAAAUGGGAAGACGUUUUGAAUGGCAAGGGUUGCUACACAUGGGAGUAGAUCCUGGCUGGAAGGGAUCACCUCCCAUGGGAACAGGUGGAGGCAGCUAGGAGGGCAGAGGCAGCCGGAGAGAGGAGCCAGCGAUAUGAGGGAACACGGCUGGCAAGGAAGCCCGAGAGGCAGCCCCAAAAAUGUCUUGGGGGGUGGCACAGGGAGAGUGUGGCAGAGUCAGGAGUCAGACCUGAGCCAACUUCCCAUGUUCACCGUGAGGAGCCAAGGAUGGAAUCAGAGCAGUGGGUGAAGUUGAUGUGUGUGUCUGAGAAUGUGGAGGAGUUAUUGGACAAAUUGGAGGAGAGUGAAUGGAGGGGAGAUUGAGACAUUCGAGGAGUUGUCGAUUAAAUUGGAGGAGAGUGAAGAGAGUGUCGGUUUGGCGCACGGCACUCGUCCUGAGGUGCGUGCUAGCCGUCGGGUUAAGACUGUGCCAGCCUCAUGCACCAGGCCUCCUGUGCACCUCCCUAGCCCUGCACGUCCUGUGCCAGCUCAGCGCUACAGUGCUCCUAGCCGUGCUAACCGUGGUGGCCGUUGUACUGGUCAGGCACCGUGUUAUGCGGUGGAAUGCACGGUGUCCCCAGUACGCGUGCUUAGCCCGCUGCGCUACAUCCCAGCUCCCCACAUCUGGCAAGCUAGGGUGAAGAUCCAGCCAGGGCGGAUGGUGCCAGCCCUGCUCUCAAGAUCUCCAGUACGCCUUCACGGUCCGGUCCAUCCAGUGCCACCUCCACGCACCAGGCCUCCGGUGGCAGCCUCUCGCACCAGGCUGUCUCUCCGUCUCAUCCCUACGGGUGCUACAGCCUUUUCAGCACUGCUAGAGCCUUCCUCCUCUCCAGCACCUCCAGAUUCUCCCAUCUGUCCAGAGCUGCUAGAGUCUCCCGCCUUUCCAGAGCUGCUAGAGUCUCCCGCCUGUCCAGAGCCGCCAGUCUGCAAGGAGAUGGAAACAUGGGCGACUGCCGGGAGCAUCCCGCUGUUCGGCUCACAAAGACCGGGCUCCCUUAGUCCCGCUGAAGAAUUCCGGAGUGCCACGGGGCUGCCGGCCCACGCUGGUCACCGCGGUGGGCUUUCACAGGAGCGGACCUCGCUGCUGUAA